AUGUUGUCGGUUGGUGAGCUCCCGACGGUGAUGCGAGUGCUGAAGGACUGGCGCAAGGUCCACUACAAGGACGACCCCAUGAAGGAACAGCUCUACCGCGAGGAGUUCAUGAAGAACAAGAACGAUCUGGUCCACCCCAACAUGUUCGACUACCUCAGGGACGAGCGCGCCUGGCGCAACGACGACGCCGAGCACCAGAAACACAUCAAGCGCGGCCCCUCUUCUUCAUCUUCGUCUUCUACAUCGUCUUCAGCCGCCGCCGCUAAUAACAACUUGAAUCGGCCCACCAACAACAUCGUCACCAGCAAGAACGACGGCGUCUACAGCGUGGUCGGGGAGGUGAUGGUGGCCGAGUCGCCAGACUUUGUGGGCCAGGACACCGGCGCGCCGGGCGACAAGGCCGCGCCCGUGGGCGACAAGCGGCAGCCGCCGGGCCAGAGCGGCCUGCGACUCGGGGCCGGAGGGGGCGGUGCGGGCGAUGAGGGCCGAGGCCACGCGCCAGCCGCGGCCCAGAAGAAGGAGGGCCUCCAGUUUGCCAAGGAGGAGGUGGUGAUGGCGGCCGGGCGGCCCAGCCCCAGCCCCAGCCCCAGCCCCAGCCUGACCCCCUCACCCCCAGCGGCCGGCGCGUCCGGGCAGCUGCCCAAGAGCGCCGGCCCGCAGCCAAGCGCUGCGGCGGCUGGCAAGUCGUUCUUGUCCGCCGCCAUUAGCCAGUGGGAGACGGCGCUGGCCGUCGGGAUCUACGUCUGCUGCACCACCACUACCGGGGCCAAGGUCCCGCCGCUGCGGGUUCGCGUGCCAGAAGGGGCCACGGUGGAGCGGGUGCUGAAGGAGGUGCGGCGGAAGGCGAGCGAGGUGGGUAUGCCCUUCAACAUGGACCCGCAGGCCUACAGCCUGCGCAUCGCCGAAGACGACGGCACGCCGGACUACGACACCCCGCAGCUCAAUGCCGAUGUUGAGGUGAAACGCUUCCCGCAGCUGCGGUUUUGCAUGGUGGACUCGCCGCUCUUCGUCAAGUCCGUGGCCAGCACCAGCACCAGCGCCGUGACCAGCAUCAGCUCGCCGCGCCUCCUCCGCGUCGCCAUGGGCGCCGACCAGUUCCAGACCUUUGAGAAGGGCAAGGACCUGAAGUUGAAGGACAUACUGUGGCGCGUGUGCACCAAGUCAUCGAUGGACUACACCCAGCACGCGCUCCACCUCAUCAACUCGGACGAGCCGCUGCCGCUUGACAUGCCGGCGGCCGACGUGCCGGGCGACAUGCUCACCCUGGUCAAGAAGGAGCGGGCCUCCAAGUACCGCGGCUCGCGCUCGUCGAGCAGCCUCGUCCGCAGCUCCGCCAAAGCCCGGCCCGGCCCCCUGUCCAGCGGCAAGAAGAUACCGACCCUGUUCCGGUCGCAAGUCAACAUGCUCGACUCGAAGGAGCCCAGCGAUGACGACGAGGAGGAAGACGAGUCGCGGGACACGCCCUUCGGCAAGCCCUCCUUCACCUUCUGGAACAAGGAGAAGGCCUUCCGGCUCAAGAGAUACGAGGUGACGAAGAUGACCAAGUUCAACAUCAAACAGGAGCGGGUGCUGGGCAUCGAUCGCGAUAGGAUCACCAACGCAUCCAAGAGGAAGAGCGGCGAACCCAGCGGAAGCCAACCUACGUGGAAGUUGAUCAAGAACGUGGUGGAGGCCAAGGUGUCCGAAACCAAGUCCUCCCAGUUCACGCUCACAUUCGAGGAGGAGGGCAAGGAGAACGUCACCCACACCUUCGAAGCUCUCAACCCUCAAGAAGCCUGUGAGAUUGUGGAGAAGAUCAAGUGUUGUAAAAACAGCAUGUGA